UGAGAACUGGUUCUCAUUAGAGCACGUUGUCUUCUGAGGGUGAAGUGUCUAAAGUAACAAAAGCAAAGCAGCAGAGCAGGGUCACAACAGAAGUAAGCAAAGAAACAAAAACAAAAAAGCAGUGAAUUGCUUUUUGGUGAAGGGUGACAAUCUGGACCAUAAGAACCUAUUAUCUGCUCUUCUGUGACCCAAAAUUGGAUUGGGACAACUAGUAAUUUUUGGAAUCAUAUCCCUUCCACCUAGAGUGAACUGGUUUUAAUGGAAAGAAUGGCCUGUAAUAAAUCAUUAUGCAGUGCAACAACCUGUCUUGUAACUCACGAACUAGAUAAACAUUUGUUUCCUGUUCUCUACAGCAUUUUGAUUAUUAUCAGUAUUCCUGCCAACUCUGCAUCCCUUUAUAUAUCCUACAGCCAAAUAAAGCAAAAAAAUGAGCUGGGCAUCUAUCUUUUAAGUUUAGCUUUAGCUGACCUACUGUACACUUUGACCCUGCCUCUAUGGAUUUAUUAUGCUCAGAAUGAGGAUAACUGGGAUCUUUCCCAGCAACUUUGCACUUUUUCUGCUUUCCUUAAGUACUUGAAUUAUUACACCAGCUCAGCAUUUCUCACCUGCAUUUCCAUUGAUAGAUACUUAGCUGUAGUCUACCCGUUGAGGUUCCAUUAUUUGCGUACAAGAAGAUUUGCCUUGCUUGCCUCCAUCUUUGUUUGGGCCUUCGAAAUCAUGUCAAACUAUCAGGUUUUAAAGAAUGAAGACAUAUUUAAUGAAACCUCUGUAUACACAAACCACAGCCGCCAUACAUUUUGUUAUGAUACAUACCCUCUAGUAAACUGGCAGGCCCAAUUGAACUUUUACCGUGUGGUUGUGGGUUAUGCAAUCCCACUGGCCAUCAUGGUCUUCUGCUAUCAGAAAAUAUACCGAGCAGUGAAGCACAAUCAAGCAACCCAAAACAGGGACAAGAGGAAAAUCAACCACUUAUUGCUGAGCAUCGUCGUCACUUUCUUUUUGUGUUUCACUCCUUAUCAUGUCGUUCUGUUCAUUCGCAGUAUCAUUGAGCCAUGUGAGUGUGACUGUGGCUGUGGCUGUGACGCUGCCCAGAGGAUGUUUAUACCUUACAGGAUUACAACUGCAUUGACAAGUUUGAACUGUAUAGCUGACCCAAUUCUCUAUUGCUUCGUGAGUGAAACUGGAAGAAUGGAUAUUUGGAACAUGCUCAAGUGCAGCUCUUCUGAGAGCCAAAGAGAUGCACAACUUUCACAAAAGGUUGCCAUGUCCAGUAGUUCACAGGACAAAGCCAUGAUGGUUCUGAAAUCAGAAACUGUGCUAUAGAGCAGAGAUACAGAAAUUGGGGGGGGGGUGGCCUG